AUGGUAUCUGACGUGCCAGCCAACAUCAAAACUAAAAACAACCGCCAUCAGCUACAGGUAGACGCGGACCGGAAGGUUUGUAUUUCCAAACCAACCCCAGCAUAUCGACUAGCCCUGUCUAGGCUUCGGCGACCUGACAGUAUCUCAGCGCUCGUGCUUCCUUAUGAUAGCACGGCAGCUAGGCACAGAAAGCGUAUUACAGCUGAGCUUUUGUUACUUAAUAUUACGCCCUAUGUAAUUGUCCUGUCAUACACUGUCCACCUUUCGGUCGCUUCCACUCAGCACAGGGAUGGACAAAAAGAGCUCUGUGAGACAAACAGUCUUCUGGCAUGCGAAGUACAUGUACUACUCAGCGUAAUCUAUGAAGCGUGA